GUGUGCAGGAGGAGAUGUAUAAAAACACAUUGCUAAAGUUAGGAUGUAAUUAUAUUACUACUUGCUAGGAGUAAGCUCAGUCAGAGACCUGGACCAUGGCAGAAGCUCUGAUUCUGGAGAACUGUGACCUGGACUGUAGUUCCAAUAACCGCAGCCACCACACAGGGGAUAUCGGCUGUCAGAAAUUGGUUGUCCGGAGGGGCCAGGCUUUUCAUAUAAACCUGCAGUUUUCUCCCCGGGGAUAUGAAGAAGGAGUGGAUCAGUUGACACUCAUAGUUGAAACAGGUCCCUGUCCCUCUGAAGACUCGGGCACUGAAGCUCACAUUAAAGUGACGGACACCCUACAGGAGGGAGUAUGGAGUGCUGCAGUGAGCAGCAGCGAUGGGGAGUCCCUUGUCCUUUCUAUCUCCAGCCCACCUGAUGCUCGCAUUGGAAAUUACACCCUGUCCCUGGAGACUUCCACAGGAACUGAGGAGAACAGCUGCGGUGUUGGGGAAUUUAUUCUUCUGUUUAACCCCUGGUGUCCUGAGGAUUCUGUGUACCUGGAAAAUGAGGAGGAGCGGACAGAGUAUGUUGUAACUCAAUUUGGGAUGAUCUUUAUGGGGACCAAGGACUCAAUCACCUCUGUUCCUUGGAACUAUGGACAGUUUGAAGAUGGUGUUCUGGAAGCCUGUCUCCAGGUGUUAGAUGCCAAUCCCAAAUACAAUAAUGAUUCCAGCAAGGACUGUUCCCGGAGGAAUGACCCAGUGUACAUUAGCCGCAUCGUCAGUGCAAUGGUGAACUCUAAUGAUGACAGAGGAGUCCUGUGUGGGCGAUGGGAUAACUGUUACGAUGAUGGGUUCAGCCCCAUGUUCUGGAUCGGCAGUGUGGAUAUCCUGCGGCGUUGGAGGAAGUUCGGGUGUCAGGCGGUGCGAUACGGGCAGUGCUGGGUCUUUGCUGCAGUUGCCUGUUCAGUUUUAAGGUCUCUCGGCAUCCCAGCACGGGUCAUCACCAACUAUAACUCUGCCCAUGAUACCAACCGUAAUUUGUUGAUAGAACAGUACAUUGAUGAGCAAGGGGGAAUGCAGAAGAAACAAAAAGAGAUAAUCUGGUACUUCCACUGUUGGGUUGAAGCCUGGAUGAGCCGCCCUGAUCUAGGUGACAGCUACAAUGGCUGGCAGGCUAUUGAUCCAACGCCUCAAGAGAAGAGUGAAGGCGUUUACUGCUGUGGUCCUACUCCUGUUACUGCCGUUAAGGAGGGUGACCUUGAUCUGAAGUAUGAUGUCCCGUUUGUAUUUGCCGAGGUAAAUGCGGAUUUGAUUUACUAUGUGAAACAAAAAGAUGGUACUAACAAGCAGACAAUCUACACUGCGGAAAUUGGAAAGAACAUCAGCACUAAAGCAGUGGGGAAGGAAAGCCGAGUAGACAUCACAGACAACUACAAAUAUGCUGAGGGUUCUGAAGAUGAAAGGAGGGUAUUUGAAAAAGCAAAUCAAUUCUCUACUGUUCCAAGAAGACUGGCGGAGGAUGUCCCCUCUGGGAUCAGCAUCAAGAUUAAAGUAUCGGAGGGGAUGAACAAUGGUUGUGAUUUUGACGUAUUCGCAGUUAUCAACAACAACACUGAGGAGGAAAAGGAGUGUAGACUUAUGUUUUGUGCACGUACCUCCAGCUACACUGGAGAAGUAGGACCAGAAUGUGGUAUGAAGGACCUUCUCAAUCUGAAAUUAGAGUCAAAUGAAGAGAAGAGAGUGCCUCUGCGCGUUCUAUAUGAGAAGUACAGCUGUAGUUUGACACAGGAUAACAUGAUCAAGCUGGUGGCUCUUCUCCAUGACUAUUCCACCAAGGACAUUCUACUUGCCAUGCGAGACAUACACAUUAAAAACCCAGAUAUCAAAGUGCGGGUGGUGGGUGAGCCUAAGCAGAAUCGGAAGCUUGUUGCAGAUAUUUCCCUGAAGAAUCCAUUGUCCGAGCCUCUGGUUGGAUGCUGCUUCACUGUGGAGGGAGCUGGUCUAACAGAAGAGGUGGUGCGGAAAGAACUUGAGGACCCUGUGGAACCCGGGCAGGUUGCCAAAGUGCGAGUAGAUCUCAUUCCGCAGUUACCUGGACUACGCAAAUUGGUGGUGGAUUUUGAGAGUGAUCGUCUAAAAGGGGUAAAAGGUCAUAAGAAUGUCAUCAUUGCUCCUCUUCCAAAGUGAAAGACGCAGACACUGCAGCAGCUCAGCUCCAGCCACCAUGAUACAUACUGGUCAUGUAAAAUAAGACUGUUUUAACCUCUAUGCAGCUAUAUUUACUCUGCGCUCAGAAGCUUGUGACUUUUGCUCUGUGCAUUAAAACACUCUGUGCCAUACAAGUCUGAACCGCACAAUGAUGUUUUAGAUCUUGGCAAUGCAGUGGUCAGAUGUCGUUCCUCUUUGUAACCUGCACCCAGCCUGCUUGCCUGGUCCAAAAGUAUACAGAGGAUUACAAUUCAGGGAUACAGAUUUAUUACAGUGCUGUAAAUAACACUUUGUAUCCAAGCAUUAAAAGAACAUUUAUAUAAAAAUGACACAAGAAUCUUCAA